CUAAAUUAGAAGGCAAUCCGGGGUCCUGAUUUGACAGUGAGACAAGAUGGCGGCGCCCAGCAGAACGCAGGUGUUAGCUCUGUAUCGGAUGCUUUUGAGAGAAAGCAACAAAUUCACUUCGUACAACUACAGGACAUACGCCCUGCGUAGGGUACGUGAGACGUUCAGAGACAACCGGAAUGUUGAGGACCCGAAAGUACUGGAGCAGCUGUUGAGCAAAGCAUGGGACAAUCUGGCCAUCAUGCAGAGACAGGCAGCCAUAGGAAAGAUGUACGAGGUUCAACGGACCGUAGUGGAAUCCGAGCCGAAGAAAUUCAACUGAUUGGACAUGGGUGAACUACGAUGCUCUCUGUGGAGGUGGAUCAAGGCUAUUCAGCAAACCACUGGCUCUGUACAUUCGGGACUAGUUUGGAUGAUGAUGAUGAUGAUGAUGAUGAUGAUGAUGAUGAUGCCAUCGUUCAGGCAGUGGCAUGCUGUAUACAUUCAAUAUUCCGAGAUCACCUUCACCCAUACUGCUUCUUUAUAACGUCAACUGUGCUGAAGUGCAAAUACAACACAUACCACACACACCACACAGCCUGCUGUUACAGCCUUACACCUUUAGGAUUCUGUCUUAAUUACAUUUGUAGAUACAUGUCAUGUAUGUAUUAUUUGUCCUGUUUCAUUAAAGGUAUGUUGCUUUAA